UACAGGCAUGAGCCACCUUGCCCAGCCUCCUAUGAUAGAAUUUAAGUACUCAGAACUUUGUGUGUUUAAGGUACUAAAAUAACAAGUUAUUUGGCAAUUCCUCUGAAACUUUCACCUAAGCCCUAACUUCCUCAGUGUAACACAAAAGCGUCAGGGGGAAUCAGAGAGAACUCUCUCGUAUUCUCUGGGAAAAGAAAGCUCCUGCCAGAACUCAGCUUCUUUUCUGAGAACACCAUUUUAAGAGCACUUUGACCAAGCCUAUUGUGAUUCCUACCUCACUCCUGAUGGAUUUUCUGAAGUGAGCCAAACUUCUGCAGUCUGAAGGAAACAUUUCUCAAUGAAAACAUUUCUCAAGUGUGCAAAUCAGACACGUCUAACCAAGAGUCCAAAACUUCAGCACAAACAAAACCAAACGUGGUACAAGAAGGCUGCCACUGAAAUCCAAGACCAUCUUUAUCUUUCCAGUGCAGAGCUGGGAUUGCAUAUGUAUGAAAGGUGUGUCUACCUCCCAGCUGCCUCUACUUCUCAUACACAACUACACCUAGCUUUGGAAAAGUGUUCUGGGCAACAGUUUGUGUUUGGUACCAUCUGUUCUUGAUGCUCAAGACAGGCCUGAAGUCAGGCUUCUAGGCUGCCAACAUAGAGCCACUCUGGGAUGCUCACUGAAGCACUCUAUUAAAAACAAUGGGCCACAUACACCUCCAUCAUGUGUGCUCAGGCCAGGGAAAAAGGAAGUGUGUGGUCUAGGAGGGGGCCUCAUUUGCGCCUUUCUAGGAUUACAGGUCUGAGCCUAAGGAACAAAGGCUGAUUCCCCUAAUUUCAUGACUCACCCAAGGUGUGAAAGGACACCUCCACCCUUAUAGGACAUAAAGGAGAGGACACAUCCAUGUAUUAUGUGUCUGUGACAGAUAUUUAUUGGUUGCCAUCCCAGAAUCUAUGUCCCUCUUAUUACUGGGACCCCACAUUUCUCAGCUAUGCAAUUGAGGUGAGGUUAGGGUCACUGGUAGCUCCAGGGAGAGCCAAUUAGUCUAUUCCACACCCUGGUCACAGUUCAAGGACGAACAUGGGACCCUUGUCAGAAAGAGACUGAAAUUGAAAGCUUUUGAUUAAACAAUCAGAAAAGCACCGCUUGCUUUUUCCUGCUGCUCAUGAACAGAAUACGUACAGAUCCAGGAGUCUGGACAUCAUCUUGAGACCUCAACAGGAAAGCUGCCCAAGAAUGGAGUCAAGGAAGAGUCACUGAAACCAUCAAAAUGUGAAAGAGCCUCCAUUCCUGGACUGUUUGGUUCUAUGAGCCAAUACCUUCCCUCUUUAUCUUCAACCACUUUGGGUUAGGUUUUUAGUCACUGGCAACAGAAAGGAUGCUAAUCAAGACCCCAGUGAACAGAACUUAAACCCGCCAAGGCUUGGCAGUCUCCGUUUUAAUCACUGUCUUCCCACCAAUGUUUUCAAUUUCAAUUAAGACAGAUUAAUCUCGCCACAGUCAUGGUAGAACAUAGCCGAUCUGAAAAACAUUCCCAAUAUUUAUGUAUUUUAGCAUAAAAUUAUGUUUAGUGGUCUAUCUUAUACUUCUCCUUUUUGCACACAUCUUUUAAGAGGAACUCAAUCUUCUGAUUUUUAAGAAAUGCAAAUGUGGGGCAAUGACGUAUCAACCUAAAGAUUUUCUUUGUAAUAGAAAAUGUUUUUAAAGGGGGGAAAUAGGGAUUUUUAUUAUUAAAAGAUAAAACUAAAUUUAUUUUUUAAGAUAUAGGGCAUUGGAAACACUUAGUUUCACAAUAUGCCAUUAUUAGGCAUUCUCUAUCUGAUUGUUAGAAAUUAUUCAUUUCCUCAAAGACAGAGAAUAAAUUGAUUGGGGAUGCAGUCUUGUACUGUGCACUUUCUUUGCCAAAGGCAAAAGGAGAACAUUUCAGAACCGUGAGGAUGCUUCUACAUUUGAGUUUGCUAGCUCUUGGAGCUUCUUACAUGUAUGCCAUCCCCACAGAAAUUCCCACAAGUGCAUUGGUGAAAGAGACCUUGACACUGCUUUCUACUCAUCGAACUCUGCUGAUAGGCAAUGAGACUCUGAGGAUUCCUGUUCCUGUACAUAAACAUCACCAACUGUGCACUGAAGAAAUCUUUCAGGGAAUAGGCACACUGGAGAGUCAAACUCUGCAAGGGGGUACUGUGGAAAGACUAUUCAAAAACUUGUCUUUAAUAAAGAAAUACAUUGACGGCCAAAAAAAGAAGUGUGGAGAAGAAAGACGGAGAGUAAACCAAUUCCUAGACUACCUGCAAGAGUUUCUUGGUGUAAUGAACACCGAGUGGAUAAUAGAAAGUUGAGACUAAACUGGUUUGUUGCAGCCAAAGAUUUUGGAGGAGGACAUUUUACUGCAAUGAGAAUGAGGGCCAACAAAGGGUCAGGCCUUAAUUUUCAAUGUAAUUAAACUUCAGAGGGAAAGCAAAUAUUUCAGGCAUACUGACACUUUGCCAGAAAGCAUAAAAUAUUUAAAAUAUAUUUCAGAUAUCAGAAUCAUUGAAGUAUUUUCCUCCAGGCAAAAUUGAUAUACUUUUUUCUUAUUUAACUUAACAUUCUGUAAAAUGUCUGUUAACUUAAUAAUAUUUAUGAAAUGGUUAUGAAUUUGCUAAAUUAAUAUUUAUUUCAUGUUAUGUUGUGUUCCAAUAAAACAAAAAUAGACAACUGUUCAAUUUGCUACUGGCCUCUGUCUUAGCAGUGGAAGCUAGCCCAGUUCGUUGAGUACAUACCCAGUUUGGAGGGAGGGUCUGAGCACGUGUGGCUGGGCAUCCCCAUUUCCCUGGAGAAGUCUCAGGGUUGCAAGGCACACCAGAGGUGGAAGUGAUCUAGCAGGACUUAGUGGAGAUGUGGAGAGCAGGGACACAGGCAGGAGAUGAACCUGGUUUUCUCUCUACAGUAUCCCCAGAACCUGGGAUGGUGCAGGGUAAAUGGUGGGGAAUAAAUGAAUGAAUGUGCUUUCCAAGACUGAUUGUAGAAUUAAAAUGAGUUGUAAGGCUUCCCCUGGAAGAAGGGCAGUGUGGGAACCUGUAACUAGGUUCCUGCCCAGCCUGUGAGAAGAAUUUGACAGAUCAACCUCAUUGCCAGUAUAAAGAGGAAGCCAGAAACCCUCUCUGCCAAGACCUGCAGGGGUUCUUACCCCACCUGACCCUGCACCAUAACAAAAGGAACAGAGAGACACUGGUAGGGCAGUGCCAUUAGAAAGACUGAGUUCCGUAUUCCCGGGGGCAGGGCAGCACCAGGCCGCACGACACUCCAAUCUGCCUGCUUACGACUAUCAGUAGCAUCACUAGAGAUUCUUCUAUUUGAGAAAACUUCUCAAGGAUCCAGAAAUUGUGCUCUUUAAAACGUUUUAAAACUGAUAUAGACCCAAAGGAGAGACCCAGUAACAAUAUUCAGCCGUAUCAUCCAUUUGCCCUUUCUUUCAUUCAACAAAUCUGUGUUGAUCACGGGCUCUCUGCUGGGUGUGGUGGGAUGCAGCUGUGGGCCUGUGCUGGAGGUCCUUAGAGGCUAGUACUCCUAGCCUGGGCUUUAUCUGCAUGGAUUGCAGCAGUGUUGGGCUCCAAUGCUGUGUGAAGCAAUUGCUCUUGCUCUUUCUGGGCAUGGGAGAAGGGCCAGAGCAGUCAGACACAGAUUCCCACACAGGAGAAUGGAACUCCUUCCGAGGAAGAAGACGGUUUUCCUCCCAGCACACGCCCAGGCAUAGUGGUCAAGACCAUGGACCAGGUCCCCAACUUGUGCAUGCACCAAGCCCCAGGAUCAGGAGCACAGCCAGUGAGGGAGGAAGAUGGAUGAGCACAGCACGGUGCUGACAGC